GAAUUGGAUUCACCCCUCUCUCUUAACCACCUCUCAUUCCUAAUCUUCCUUUCCCUCCCACAACAAACAAUGUAAGAGCCAUUCCCUGGCGCCACUGCCACCAUUUCACAGCUUCGCAUGCUUUCUGACGUUUCUGCUAUGACUCUAAAUCUCUGCACUCCAUGCUUCUCUCGCGUACUCCAUCACCCUUCUUCUUCUCUCCCCAAACUCUCCGAAACCUGCGUCAACCACGCCGCCAACACCAACUCGCCUUCUCCCUCUCUAUUUUUCACCACUCCCUCUCUUUCCAACCUUUCGCGAUUCCUUAAUUCCAAAGCCUCCGUCAGCGAGAGCCACAAUGAAACCUCCGACGAUACCGCCAACAUACUCGACCAACAGCUCCUCCUCCAAGUCGCUGCCAACGCCAAAGACGCCGACGAGGCCUUGCAGAUUAUCGCCGACAAUUCCUCCCGGAACGGCGGCUUCGUUUCCACCUCUGACUGCUGCUCCGUCAUAUCCGCUGCGCUUAACCGCAACAAUCCUGAACUCGCUCUUUCCAUCUUCUACGCCAUGCGCGCCAGUUUACAUCCAGUUGACGAUAGUGGCCCUCUGGCUGCGAGAUGGAAGUGGUCGCGGCCAAAUGCAAAUGUUUAUGCACUGUUGAUUCAGGGUUUAGCGGCGGUGUUAAGGGUUUCUGACGCUCUUAGAGUGAUUAAGUAUAUUUGUGAGGUCGGCGUUUCACCUGGUGAGGAGGUACGUUUUGGGAAGGUAGUGAAAUGUCCUAGUUGUCGGAUUGCUGUUGGUGUUGCACAGCCACAACAAGGUAUUCAGAUAGUAUCAUGUUCCAAGUGUCGCUACCAAUACGAACUUGUUUCAGGUGACAUAGUCAGUAUUGAAUCAGAAGAAAUCAGCAUGGACAUAUCGGCGUGGGAAAGGGGGUUAAGAUACGUGAAACUGAGGAAGCAAAACAUUCCCUCUGCUGUUCACUCUAUUGUGGUGCGGACCCCUUCUGGUAUGGCUCGCACUCAUAGAUUUGCAACUGAAACAGUUGAUCUGCCAGCCCAAGAAGGAGAAAGGGUAACUGUUGCUGUGGCAGCUCCAUCAAAUGUAUAUAGAAAGGUGGGCCCCUUUAAAUUCAGUCCAAGGAACCCUGAUUUCUAUCCCGGGGAAGCUAUGUGCAUAACAAAGCACAAAGAUGGGCGGGAAUCACUACUGUUAAGAGCCCCAAGAAAAGAAAAUUCAUCAUUGCUGAAACCCUCAUUCCUUUUUCCACUUAUCGCUUUGUUGGCCACCGGGGAUGCUGCCUCUGGACUUAUUGACCCUGGCCUUCCCCAGUUACUAUCAGUUGUUGCAGUUUCAACCCUUGUUGUUGGGUCUACGUUGAACACCGUUGUUCUUCCCCAGUUUAAUCAGCUUCCACAGAAGUCAGUAGAUGCAGUUGCGAUCAAGCAACGACUAUUAUCUCAAUAUGAUGUUCUUCUGUCUCGCAUCAAUGACCUCAAAGAAGCAGCUGAAAAAGAGAUUUGGAUGCUAGCUCGAAUGUGCCAACUUGAGAACAAAAUUUCAGCUGUUGGAGAACCUGCUUAUCGGAAUCGGAGAAGUAAAGUCAAGAGGGUGCGAGAGAGUCUGCAAAACUCCCUUAGAGGACGGAUUGAACUGAUUGACAGCUAUGCUAGGAUUUCCUCAAUGAUUGAAAUCGAAGUGGAGAUGGAGACUGAUGUUCUUGCUGCUGAAACUGCUAGUAAUAUGGACAGUAUCUCAGAACAGAUAGAACAAAUCAUGGAGCUUGAAAAUUUGGAGGAGGGAUGGAAAAUUCAAGCAGAAGCCAAUGAUGAGGCUGAAAGACUUCUUAGUUCCCAGCCCAUGCCUCUGGACGAAGUUUGACGCUGUAUUGACGCAUCUGAUUUGUGUGCUGUAUCAUUGGUACAGCUUCAACGUCCAGCUCAAUGAUCUUUUCUUGACUGAGCAAAAUAUCAGCAUCCACUCACCAGUGUCUUUCAGCAGACAAGUAUUGAAAUUUUGUAUCUUAUAACAAGCACCAUUUUGUCACCGGAAGGAUUGCAUUGUAUAUGGGAAUCUCUGGCAUCUAAUGCAAAUAUUUGGUGCAAUUGAAAGCCGCUCUCACAGUUCUCGAAAUCAAAGGGAGAUGACUACCCAACGUGGUGUAAAUUCAUUGUUAAUCAUGGUUUUAUUUUAAGGAACGUGUAUAUCUUGUAUGAAAUCAUUAUCUUUAUUUGUUAUUUUUGGUACUGGUUUUUGUUGAUCGAUUUCAAGUCAGGAUUGGAUGGCCAACAUUUCUAACC